AUGGAGUGCAGUGAGACGGAGUGCCAGUACUGCGGCGUGAGCUACCUGAUCCUGCACGAGUUCCAGCGGCUGCAGCAGAGGCUGGCCGAGGCCGAGCGGAGCCUGGAGCAGCUGAGGGGCGCCGCCGAGCGCGAGAGCAGCCUGAGGAGCCAGCUGGAGCAGGCCACCGCCACACACAGCCUGCUGCAGGACAGGGAGAGGAGUCUGGGCCAACAGCUGGCUGAGGUGACGCAAGUGCUCGAGCUGGUGAGAGGUGAGCGGGAUCUCCACCACAGACAGCUGGAGGACGAGCAGGCCCAACGACGGGCACUCAGCCUGAGGUGCGAGCGUCAGCAGCAGGCUCUGCUGAGGUCAGGCCGUGUGCUGCGUUCGUCUCAUCAAGAGCUCCAGACCUUACGGACUCACCUCAGCCACCUCAAAGCAUUCUGGGAAGACCAGAGUGGCAAG